GUUUGAGAGAGGAGAGUCCCGUCCUUUUUGACCUCAAAGUGCAUUACACUUCUCCUCUUUGUCUUCUUUGGGCCUAUAAAUAAUCAACUGCGUGUAUUGCAACGCAAAUCUCACAUUCUCUAUAUUUUUCUUUUUCUAAUUUAUCUCACCGAAUCCCUCACGCAAUCUCACCGAUUCCAGAGCGAGACCAAUAAUUCAAUUAUUUCGUUUUGGUAUUGGUGACUGGUGACAAGCAAUCAUUAAGCAAUUAUUCAACCUGUAUUCCUCCAAGUUCUGAUGUGCUAUGCUUCAUUGUUUAUAACAUACUCCAGAACAUUGCUUAGCGCUUGGCUUGUUAUUUAGUAGAUAAAGUGAAGUAAAGAUCUGUUUUUUUCAACUGGUAAAACAAAUAGAGAUUCAGAAGCCUCGAGUAGGAAAAUAUUUAGAGGAACUACCCCUCUUGGUGAGUUUAUAUGUGGUUGAAUGAUUUGUUUUCUCCUUGAAAACAAGAUGGCUGGUGUAAAACGAAGAAUACAUUCUGAUUCAGAUAUGUGUGCUCUUCACAAAGAGUUGGAUGAGGCUUCAUGCCCUAUCUGCAUGGACCAUCCGCAUAAUGCAGUUCUCCUCCUGUGCAGCUCGCAUGAUAAGGGUUGCAGAUCUUACAUCUGCGACACAAGUUACAGGCAUUCAAAUUGCCUGGACCGCUUUAAAAAAUUAAGGGCCAACACUAGGAGCAGUCCAACUUUACCCAGUUCUUUACCUGUAAACCCAUACAAUUCUAGUAAUACUUCUGAUGUGAACUUGGCUUUGAGCACCGACUUAAAUGAGGCUAGGGAAAAUCACAAUCUAAAUGAAAGAAGCACAGUAAUAUCUGUUGGAUUGCCUGGAGAAGGAGGAGGAGAUGGUAAUCGGGAUACAACUAGACAUCUUGAAAUACAAGAAGGCAUUUUGGAAACAGUUGAUUCUGAAUCUGGUCGGGAAAGGGUUGAGAUUGAAGAAUUAGAUGUGGAGAAUUCAUCUGAAUCAAAAUUGAGCUUGAAAUGUCCAUUGUGCCGAGGAGCCAUUCUUGGCUGGGAGGUUGUAGAGGAGGCCAGGAAGUAUCUUAACCUGAAGAAGCGAAGUUGCUCCAGGGAAUCAUGCUCAUUCUUUGGUAAUUAUCAGGAAUUGCGACGGCAUGCCAGAAGGGUUCACCCAACAACCCGACCCUCUGACAUUGACCCAUCUAGAGAACGAGCCUGGAGACACCUUGAGCACCAGAGGGAGUAUGGUGAUAUUGUCAGUGCUAUUCGUUCAGCUAUUCCCGGUGCUGUUGUGGUUGGGGACUAUGUUAUUGAAAAUGGAGAUAGACUAGCAGGUGAGAGGCAAAGUGGUACAGGGGAAGUUAAUGGGCCAUGGUGGACUACUUUGUUUUUGUUUCAGAUGAUUGGCUCAAUGGAUGGUGCAGGGGAACCUAGGGCGCGGUCGAGGGCUUGGACAAGGCAUCGACGCUCAGCAGGAGCUUUAUCUGAACGACGGUUUCUUUGGGGAGAGAAUCUGUUGGGUCUACAUAAUGAUGAUGACGAUGAUGAUGACGACGAAGAAGAUGACUUUCGAAUCUUAAGCGAUAUGGGUGACGAUGCAUCACCAGUUCCUAGAAGGCGUAGGCGUUUGACACGGUCAAGGUCCAACGGAGAUCAACCAUGAAGUGUCAUAAUGCCUGGUAAAUUUCCAGUUUAUUAAUAUUUACUGGAAUUCUUUUUCGGAAUGGCUUGGCUGACCCAACUGGUGUCUUCGCCAUUAUUGUUCCAGUAAUGCGCUGAAACUGCCUUUGAACAACAGGAUCCUUCCUGCUGAUCAAGAAGCAGGAUUUCAGAAGCUUACAAGCUUGGUCCCCGUCAUGAGUAAGCAGAAAGUUCAGUUAAAGAUGGCGUAAAUUGGAGUGGGAUUCUGGUUCAGCUCAAGUUAUGUUCAGUGAGUGGAGAAGACUACCAAAUUCUAUUGCUAAAGGCUGACUCUAACACGAGUCACACUUGGCUUUAGAUCUGUUUUUAUUACAAGUGGAAGUGGAGUCAGUGCAUUGUGAUUGCUUAUGGGAGUUUGUAUGUAUAAUAAGUAUUGUCAUGGAUUGAUGAUCUCCAUUUGAACUA